GGCCAAGCUUUUUGCCAUAUUAAAAUUAAGUUGUGUCGGUUGCUGCUGCGCUUUGUGCAUAGACUAGAAUCGUUCCAGAAACUGGCCAGAUUACAAUUGUCUCUUGUUUAGACCUCAAUACUAAGGUCAAGAUGUUUGAGGAGGCUAGUGAGGUGUUCGAUAACAUGUUUAAGUCAUCUUUCCCCUUGACUUUCAUUGUGUUUAUCCCUGCGGUGCUGAUUCUCGUCUCACCCCUUCCAACCGAAGCGGCACAUGAAUUCACCGUGUACCGCAUGCAGCAGUAUGACCUGCAGGGACAACCGUACGGUACCAGGAAUGCCAUAUUGAACACAGAGGCCCGCACAGUGGAGGCAGAGGUGCUAAGCCGCCGCUGUGUCAUCAUGCGGCUGGUGGACUUCUCCUAUGAGAGAUAUCAGAAAGCCCUGCGCCAGUCCGCUGGGGCUGUGGUCAUAAUUCUCCCCAAGAAUAUGUCCACCAUGCCACAGGACAUAGUACAGCAGUUCAUGGAGCUGGAGCCAGAGAUGCUGGCCACAGAGACCAUUGUUCCAGUGUACUUUGCACUGGAGGAUGAUGAGCUGCUCUCCAUCUACACACAGACCCUCACCACCUCCUCCUCCCAGGGGUCCUCCUCUGCAGCUGAAGUGCUGAUACACACAGCCACGGCCAAUGGCUUUCAGAUGGUGACGAGUGGGGCUCAGAGCAAGGCAGUGAGUGACUGGGCCAUCACCAGUCUAGAGGGGCGACUGGCUGGAACUGGAGGAGAGGACCUGCCCACCAUCGUCCUGGUGGCUCACUAUGACUCUUUUGGUGUGGCUCCGUGGCUGUCCUAUGGAGCAGACUCUAACGGCAGUGGGGUGUCUAUGCUGCUGGAGUUAGCCAGGCUCUUCUCCAGACUCUACACCUACAAGAGGACACACGCUGGAUACAACCUCCUGUUUUUUGUCUCUGGAGGAGGGAAGUUCAACUACCAAGGCACCAAGAGAUGGCUGGAGGACAACCUGGAUCAUACAGACUCCAGUCUGCUUCAGGACAACGUGGCGUUUGUGCUGUGUCUGGACACCCUGGGGAACGGGGACAGUCUGCACCUCCAUGUGUCCAAACCCCCUAAAGAAGGCACCACCCAGUACGCCCUGCUCAAAGAGCUGGAGACUGUGGCAUCCAGCCAGUACCCAGAGGUCAAGUUCUCCAUGGUGCACAAGAAGAUCAACCUGGCAGACGACACGCUGGCGUGGGAGCACGAGCGCUUCGGGAUCCGCCGGUUGCCGGCCUUCACCCUGUCCCACCUCAACAGCCACCGUGAGGCACAGCGCUCCAGCAUCAUGGACGUGCGGUCAGUGUCCCCCUCUUCUCGCCAUGGAGUGGGAGAGCCCCCUGCUGGACCGUAUGUGGAUCUGAGAAAGCUCAGCAGGAACACAAAGCUGAUUGCAGAGUCACUGGCGAGAGUAAUCUACAACCUCACAGAGAAGGGUGCUCCAGGAGACCUGCAGAUCUUCACUGAACAAAUGCAGGUGCAGGAGGAGCAGCUGUCGUCAGUGGUGGACUGGCUGACAGCCCAGCCGCGGGCUGCCCAGCUGGUGGACAAAGACAGCAGCGUCGUCAGCACCCUGGAGUACCACCUGGGACACUACCUGAAGGACGUCCGCAGGCACUACGUCAAGGCUGACAAGAGAGACCCAGAGUUUGUCUUCUAUGAUCAGCUCAAACAGACCAUGAAUGCUUACAGGGUGAAACCAGCCAUCUUUGACCUGCUUCUGGCGGUCUGCAUCGCCGCUUACCUCGGAGUGAUAUAUCUGGCCAUUCAGCACUUUGGAGUUCUCUACAGUGUGGUGCGCAGAAUCACAGCACCCAAGACCAAGCAGCAUUAAGCCCCUCCCCUUACUAUCCUCCAGACUCCUCCUCUCCUCACAGCGACAACGAGUUCUAGCCAAUAACAAAACGGGGGCGGACCAAGCAGCUCUUAUGAUAUAAAAACAUUUUGCCACCCAAUAUAUUGCCUUUUUCCCUCUUUGGAAAUGAAACAUGUUGAAUCAUUUCUCUCUGCCAAGUUUAGCCAUUUAGUCGGUUCCUUUAGUCUUCCUGUCCUCCUGAAAACAGAUGUCAAACGUUACCACCUCGUAAGCCCAGUCCCACAUUAACCGCUAUUUCCCCCAUGAUCUGAGAUAAUUCGAUAGGUGUCAAUAUGGUAAUAGCAUCACCUGGCUCUUUGAUCGGCUAAGUGCGAUUUUCACCAGGUUAUACCCAACCAAUCCUCUCCGUUCUACACAUGCAUAAGUAGGGAGGGACUAGGGGUUGAUGUGGGAUUGGGCAUUUCUAAACCCACGGCUCACUCAGUGCCCUAUAGUGUGAAUUUUGCCAAACGUCAGUGGGUCAUCUUCUUGGGCAGCUAUGGAGUAGCAGUAGUGAGACUUGGUAAUAUUUGUUUGGAUGAUCAAUGUAUUUGGUCAUCAUGACUAUAGAUUUUUUUGUUUUUUUUCUCUCUAACCCAAAUUAGUUUUCUUAUUGUUUAAAUUAAAUGUUGAAUAGUGUGUUGAUAACAUGAUUCAUGGCCUUGACUGAACUAAUCUAAUGAAAUAAAUGUAUGAUAGUGUCCCCUAUACUUCCUAUUGCCAUAAGAGUAAGUACGGUUAUAGAAUGGAAAUGUAUCAUUUUGGGGUUUCACCCCUUUGUGACACAUUUGUUUACUAGUGUUACUAUGUGACAGUUUAGAUUUUAAAAUGUGAAAAAAAUUAGGCCCACCCCUCACACAAAUGUUAAUGAGAUGUAUGCAGUGUUGGUCUACCAACACGAUUCUGCCUCCAUCUAUCUGGACAUGUCUAUUGCAAAAUGGUUAGCUCCACAUCGAUGUGCAAAUCCCCCCCUUGCUCUGCUUAUCAACAACUAAAGUUUUAAGAAAGGCAAGACGUGUUGUUAGAUCGAAUUGGACCUUCGAAGGGAGUCUGGUAAUGUGUUGAUCUGUGUUGUCUAUAUCCCUGACAGUCUUUGAUCUUGAGAUGAGGAGACUGUGCUUGAGUGCUGUAUUUGGUAUAAUUACAUACUGCAUGCCAUGUCACUCCUGCAGUCAGUGAAGGCAAAUGGACUGGCGAGAUUCACCUAUCUACACAACGGAAAAAGCUGUGUGGGACAUAUCUUAGAAUUUGUAUUUAUUGAAGCAGACUAUGCUUAACUGUGCACUGAAUUGAACUCUCCCAUUUCUGAGACUCUUUGUCCAACACCUUUGUUUUACCUUUCUUAACUGUGUUUUACCUGAUCGACAAAAACUUGAUUCUUGCAACAAUGACAUCAAAAAUAAAUACAUUUGUUGAAAUAA